UUCUAAGAAUCAUUCUUCUUCUUCUGAGGUUUGGUUUUGAGGGGAAUCGGACUCACGGACUGUGGAUGAUGAUGAUGAUGGUGGUGAUGAUGAUGAUGGAGAAGCUGCUCUGCGCUCCAUCAGCUCCUCUUCCUCCCCUGGAUGUUUAAGUUGAUGACAGAGUGAGGAAGAUGCUGCGGGUGGAUGAGUGAGGAAGAUGAAGAAGAGGAGGCUGAAAGGCGUCAGUAGGGAAACACCUGUGGUCUGAGUGUCGGGGGAUGGCGGGUGUUCGCGGAGCAGAAGCGGUGGAUGGAUGCGUGAUGACGGGUUUCAGCGCCGUGUCCUUCCAGCUCCAUGUCAGGCGGGUGUGACGCGCAGAGCUGGAGGGAUGGAUGAUGCCGGUCCGCUCAGAGAGCUGCUCAACAUCUCCACCAACGACACCCAGGGGAAUUUCACGGCCAAGGCGGAGGAGAAGGACUCGAACCUGGCGUUCCAGGCGGGUGUGGCGGUCACCUUAGCGCUCAUCACUUUCGCCACGACGCUCUCCAACGCGUUCGUCAUCGCCACCAUUUACCAGUCCCGAAAAUUACACACCCCGGCGAACUUUCUCAUCGCCUCCCUGGCGCUCACCGACCUGCUGGUGUCCAUCCUGGUGAUGCCCAUCAGCGCGCUGUACACGGUGAGCCAGACCUGGACUCUGGGGCAGGUGGUGUGCGACAUCUGGCUCUCCUCGGACAUAACGUGCUGCACCGCCUCCAUCCUCCACCUGUGCGUAAUUGCGCUGGACCGCUACUGGGCCAUCACGGACGCGGUGGAGUACUCCAAGAAGCGCACGCCGGGGCGCGCAGCCGGGAUGAUCGCCACCGCCUGGGUGAUCGCCAUCUCCAUCUCCCUGCCGCCCUUCUUCUGGCGCCAGGUGAAGGCGGAGGAGGUGACGAGCUGCAACGUGAACACGGACCACAUCUUCUACACCAUCUACUCCACCUUCGGCGCCUUCUACAUCCCCACGCUGCUGCUCAUCGCCCUGUACGGGAGGAUCUACGUGGAAGCCCGAAAGCGCAUCCUGAAGCAGUCGCACAACAAGCCGGGGAAGAGGCUCACCUCCGCGCACCUCAUCACCAACUCCCCCGGCUCGGUGGCGUCCACCACGUCCCUGAACUACGGCACCAACGACGCCUCCUCCUGUGACACUACCUCCUCCUCCGCGAACGUGAGCCAAGUCAAAGUCACUGUGUCCGACGCGCUGCUGGAGAAGAAGCGCAUCUCCGCCGCCAGGGAGAGGAAGGCCACCAAGACUCUGGGCAUCAUCCUCGGAGCCUACAUCAUCUGCUGGCUCCCCUUCUUCAUCUACACGCUCCUAGUGCCUGUGUGCGAGUCCUGCUUCCACCCGGAGCUGUUCGACAUCUUCACCUGGCUGGGUUACCUCAACUCCCUCAUCAACCCCAUCAUCUACACCAUGUCCAACGAGGACUUCAAGCAGGCCUUCCACAAACUCAUCCGGUUCAGGUGCUGCAGGGCAUGAAGGGCCAU